GUUCCAAUCAAUGGGUCUUGGAUUGGUUUGGCCGACAACUUCGCUGAGCAGAACUGCGAACAGAUUAUUACAAAAAAAAAAAAAAAAAACCAGCACCAUAUUAUUGGCUGGCUUUCCCAUUGCCAGUGCCGUGACCGCAAUGAAAUCCACUUUGAACAACUGAUUGUUGAUGUCCGGGUCCGACGGCGAUGGAGGAGAGAUUCGCAGAUUUGGUGGGAGGAGUGGAGACGACAAGGCAAUUGACGAUGCGGACGAUGGGCCUCGCAAGAGCGACAACGAGAAGCAGCAAGUACAGGAGGAGAUGACGCGGUCGAGCAAGAAGAAGAAGAGGGUAAACAAAAGGCACGAUUUCAACAGAAACGGCGAAACGCGAAGCCGCCGGUGGUCCGGAAUUGGGAUCGGUUGUUGUUUCCCCAGGAAUCCGGUCAAGGCGAAACCGGUGGCGGUGGUCGCCAAAAUCAAGCCGAGAGAGGAAACAGAGCCGCGGCGGCCUUCUUCUUCUUCUUCGGCAGGUAAGUGUAUCGGUUUCAGACACUGUUGCUAUGGUUUCAACAAACCUCCUCCAACCCUAAAGUCGCAGCAGCAGCCAGUAUCAUCAUCGUCUCUGUCCACGACUGCAAUUGACCCUAAUGCUCCUAAUUUCACUUCCGAGAUGCUGAGAAUUUUGAUUCAGAGAAACGAUUUUUAUUGCAGAGAAUGCAACCCUCACUUCACUCUGUCUGUUUGACUACCAACUCUCACAGAUGACCACACAUUGCAAUGAAAAAAUUAUCUUAUCAGUACUAUUUGCAGAGAACGCAAACCUCACUCUGUCUGUUUGCACUUUGCACAUUCUUAUUGGUACGUUGGGUCUUGUUCUUGCUUUCACAAGAGGACAGGUUCUAGAUUUUGAUGGUUACCUUACCUCAGUCCUUGUAUAGUUGUAUUCCCUCAUCCAAUCUGGCUACUGCAACUAACACCAACAUUUCUUCGGAUGAGGGAGUCGAACUGGGUCUUCGAGGAUGCGGUUGAUGGCCUACUAUUCUGUCAUUUUUCAUUGUUUGCUCAACAUGCAUAUAUAUAGUCUUAAGUCCGAGUAUUGAGUGGUGGCUACAGCCUGUUCUAUACUACAUGUAGCUCCGCCAAACGCGAGCUCCAGGUCCUGUUCUUAGCUUGGGUGUAUUGGUUGAAACAGGGUGCAUCUUUGUUAAAUUACUUGACGACGAAGGAACAAGCUUGACAAAAGCUUAUUCCUUGGUUGGUGCACCCAUGAUAUCAUAUCAGCUGGUGAUGAUUUAGCUGUUAUUAGGUCACUUGAUAGAUGAAGCAUUGAAAAUUGAAGACCAUGGUGAACUUGAUGAUUAGGGCUUGCUUGAGGUUGCACGGUGUUCUAAAUGCAUUUCACUGUGUCAGAGGAAGUAUGUCUUAGAUUUUACUAGAGCUUGUAGUAAUGACAGCCUGCAAACCUGCUGCUUCUCCCUCUUCUUCGUCUGCAAAGUGGUUCAUCACUGGAUUCUUUGUUCUUUCUUCCGAGUUGGUCAUUUGUAAGUUGGAAAUCUGCAAAGCAAACCACUGUGUCUCGGUCUUUAGUUGAGAUAGCAUAUUGUGUCAUGGCGUUGUUGACUUACAAGACAUUAUGGCUUCAAUAUGUAUUGCAGAAUCCGGCUUGAUUCUACUUCUUUUACUUCCAUGUUUUCUGGAAGUCUUUCGGUGAUAAAAAAUUAUAUGAUAA